UUAUGUUCUGUCACAGUGACAACAGUUGUUUUUAAUCUUGUAUUUUUCCAGUGGAGAGUGUUUAAAACAUUUUUAAAUGAGUAUGAAUUUUUUUAAUUUAACAUCGUAUGCAUUACAACAAGUAGGCAAGCCGGUGAGAUUCACCUUAGAUCAGUGGUAUAUAGAUAACACUUCGACAACAAGAAACAGUUUGGCCCAACAAGAGGUAGCCGAUAGAAUUUUAGAAGAAUCCAAUAGGCUGACAAACGAAAUCGCCGAAAUAACAAAGUCAAACAAACUGAAUGUUGAUCACAGACUCGAGGAGAAAGUGAACCAAAUCGAGUUCUUACAGAACGAAGUUGAACUGCUACGUAAACAGGUGGGUAUGGAAAUAGAAACGCUGAAUGUCUACGUGAUGCGACUGGAAGACUGCCAACGUGGCUUACAAGAAAACUGCAUGGCUGUUUGUAUGAAGUGUUUGUACUUGAGGGAUCAGAGGUUAGGCAUAGACUUGUGUCACGAUGACGUCCAAAAAGAACUCGAGCAAGAAGCCAAUAUUAUAAGUUGUGCCCAACAACUUAUUAGUCGAGCUCAUGGACAAGUAACUGAACAAAUAAGAGUGCUUCGUUCUUGUAUUUAUUUCAUAGACAGAGACUUGGAAGAUAAGUCUAAAGUAUUGGAAAUAGACAGAGAUAAUAAAGAACUGAAAGAAACAAGCUUAAAUCUGAGCAUGUAUCAUGGCUACACCCGUUUGGAUGUAGCAAACGUAACAGCUGAAGAAUGGGAAGAACAAUCUAUGAAGAACAUUGAAACUGCCGCCAAAGAGAUAAAUGCCGCUAUUCAGCUGAGAACUUUUAUCAAUCUCAUACUGAAACAGACAAUUCAAGAUCUUGUCAGCCAAUACAACUUGGUAAACGAUGCCUUCAAAAGGAGAAUCGAGGAAACCAAGCACAUGAAAGACAAGUUGGAGUUGGAUCAUAGUGAGCUCGUUAGACAAGUCAAUGAGAUGACAAGAAACAUCACCAAGCUAGAAAUUGCCAUCCAGGAGAAAGAAGGUUUUAUGGCGUUGUCCCAUACUAGAUUGGGCAGAAGGGCACAUAGACCUGGUUUGGAACUCUGUAGGGACGUAGCAGACACUUCGUUGAUAGAAGAAGUUAGAAUUUUGAGGAAUAACAUUUCCAAAUUGCAACACAUGCUUUGCGAGUCACAAGCUUCCUUGAGGUACCUUCUGAAAAGUCAAAUUGAAGUCGAGGAAAAAAUUAAUAUUAAACUGAAUACCCUCAAGAUAGACGAAGUUAACUGUAUGACGUUACGAGAAGGAAUGAAUUAUAAAUUUUACUGAAAAUGGAGAAAUCUACACUUUAUGUUUGAAUCGUAUAAUAUUAUGUUUAUUUUUUCAGUGAAUUAUUUUACGUUUUUGUAGUCUAUUGAGUCAUAUUAAAUGAAACCAAAGCA